AUGCAAAUCAAAAUGAUUAAUAAGAAACAUGAAGAUAACAAAAAUAGCUCAACUAAGCAAAAAAUUAAAUCAAAUCGCUAGUUAAUCAAGAAUAAUUCCUAAAUUCAAGAUCAAGUUUUAAAUUUUGGUAAAAACAAGUACUAUAUUUAGAGAGGAUCCUUAAAUAAUAAUUAUAAAUCAAGAAAGUAAAAUGAUAUAAUAUUGAUUUUACAUAUAAUUUAGGAUCUGAAAUUGAAUUAAAUUUCCUUGAAGGAUUGAACAGUCAAAUGGGAUAUUUAAGAGAGGUACAAUAUUAAAUAAUAUACGAUUAGUAGAAAAAUAUAUUGAGUGAGAAAAGCUGAGGAAAUAUUAAUAAGGUAUUCAGCCGCUAAUUAAAUUAAUUAUGGUAAAAUGCUUAGUCAACUAAUUUUAAAAAGGCUUUGAUUAGGACGAAUGGCAUAACAUUUGGUUUCUCUAUUCUAACCAAUAAGGCAAUUGCUCGUAUAUUUCAACACCAAAACAUUCUGAAUAUAGGUCUGCACAAUUUCUAAAAACAAUUUUUAUCUAAAUAGGUUUAACCAGGACAUUCUAAAACACAAAUGUUUGA